CGAGAUCAGUGCAACACUCACGCCCCGAACGCACACGCGCCAACAGCCAACUCGUGCCCAGACGCCCUGGGUACGAGCCGAACACGAAACAAUCGUAUAACAAUAAUAUUAUUUAGUGCGCAACACGCGAAACAAUAUGGAGGAGCCGACGUGCGCGGCCUGUGUGCGGCCGUCACCGUUGCGGUAGGCGCUGCGAGAUCGCGUCGAGGAGGACGACUACGUCGCGGGUUUCCGGUCCAGUUGUGCCGUCUCGAGCCGAAAAAAAAACGAUGAAAAUCAUUUGCGCCAUAUUCACCGCGGUCAUUGUCGGUCAGUUGGCCAUGCCGUACGCGUCUGUGUACGGAAGCGCCGACGCCAAAAGACUUUACGACGAUCUUCUGAGCAACUACAACAGACUCAUCAGGCCCGUCGGCAACAACUCUGACCGGUUGACGGUCAAAAUGGGUCUGAAACUGUCGCAAAUCAUCGAAGUGAAUUUAAGAAAUCAAAUUAUGACGACAAACGUAUGGGUCGAGCAAGAAUGGAAUGACUACAAACUGAAAUGGAAUCCCGAAGAUUACGGAGGGGUAGAUACUCUACACGUACCAUCCGAGCACAUUUGGUUGCCGGACAUAGUCUUGUAUAAUAACGCCGAUGGCAAUUACGAGGUGACGAUAAUGACGAAAGCGAUACUGCACUACACGGGAAAAGUCGUGUGGAAACCGCCGGCCAUUUACAAAUCCUUCUGCGAGAUAAACGUCGAGUACUUCCCGUUCGACGAGCAGACGUGUUCCAUGAAGUUUGGAUCUUGGACUUACGACGGAUACAUGAUGGACUUGCGGCACAUCUCCCAGGCGCCUGACUCGGACGUGAUCGAAGUUGGCAUCGACCUGCAGGACUACUACCUGUCGGUGGAGUGGGACAUCAUGGGCGUGCCGGCCGUGAGGCACGAAAAGUUUUACGUGUGCUGCGAGGAACCGUAUCUGGACAUAUUCUUCAACAUCACCCUCCGGAGGAAGACGCUGUUCUACACGGUGAACCUGAUCAUACCGUGCGUGGGCAUAUCGUUCCUGUCCGUGCUAGUGUUCUACCUGCCGUCCGAGUCCGGCGAGAAGGUGUCGCUGUGCAUAUCGAUACUGCUCUCGCUCACCGUGUUCUUCCUGCUGCUGGUCGAGAUCAUACCGCCCACGUCGCUCACCGUCCCGUUGCUGGGCAAAUACCUGCUGUUUACCAUGGUCCUGGUCACGUUGUCCGUGUUCGUCACCGUGGCCGUCCUCAACGUCAACUUCAGGUCACCGGUAACGCACAAGAUGAGACCGUGGGUGGUGAAGCUGUUCAUCCAGAUUCUGCCCAAGGUGCUGUUCAUCGAGCGGCCCAAAAAAGGAGACUCGAUCGACGAGGACGACGACGACGAUGACGAGAAAAAUGGUGAAAUCCUGUCGGGCGUGUUCGACGUGCCGUCCGAGAUCGACAAGUACUUGGGCUACAACCGCGGUUACAGUUUCGAUUACGACGUACCGCCGCCGCUGCCGUCGUCCAGGUACGGCUGCGCCAGGGCCGCGUGCCCCGGGGGGGUGAGCGGAGUCGCGGGCGUGAGCGCCGGUGCGGGCGCCGUGACCGGGUCCAACGACACGGUGGUAAACAUGGCGUCGGACGAGGACGAGGACGCGAUCGAGCUCGACGCCGAGGACGAGUACGACGACAUGUUCAGCCCGACGACCACGACGGACGACGGUCUGGCCAGUCCGACGUUCGAGAGCCAUCACCACCAUCACCAGCACCACCACGGGUGUCCGGUGGACCAGCAGCCCAGGCACGACCCGGCCAUGCAGACUAUCCAGGACGCAAAGUUCAUUGCUCAACACGUCAAGAACCAAGACAAGUUUGACGAGAUCAUCGAAGACUGGCAAUACGUGGCCAUGGUCUUGGACAGGCUGUUCCUGUGGAUAUUCACGUGCGCCUGUCUCAUCGGCACAGCCCUGAUCAUUUUCCAAGCGCCGGCACUGUACGACAAGACAAAGCCCAUCGACGUUGUUUACUCGAAAAUCGCGAAAAAGAAACUGCAAGCCAUUUUAUGAGACACCACAACAAUACAAAGCUCAAUGACGUUUUUUAGUAAACAACUUAGUGAAUACAAACAGUUAAUCGAUAACAAUCCUAUAAUAAUGUAUAAAUUAUACUUCGUUUUACUAAUCAUCAAGUUUUUAUUAUACAUUAUAUUUUUUGUUUUUUUUAUAAUUGAUUUUUCAUGAAUGUCGUGAAACGUUGUCGCCAAUAAAAUAAUAUUAUAUUAUCAAUAAUAAUAACUAUCGUUUUACAGUUCAUAUUUUAUUCGUUAUAAAUAAAUUAUUGAAAAUCAUUAGAUGUAUUAUUCAAUACAGCCAUUGACCGUGGUGCCAUCAGUUAUCAUAUUAAUAUUAUAAUAUUGUAUAACUUAUAUUAUAUUGUUAUUAUUUGAUAUUUCGUUUAAUACCGAGACUAAGUAUAAUAAUAUAUGACCCGCAUUUGUUUAAAAUAUUCAACUUCCUAGUUGAAUUAUUUCACUAAGUUAUUCAGAUAAAUGCUUUGUCAUUGCAACUCAUGUCAUUUGGUUUCUUGAAAAUAAACGAAUGAUGUAAUAAAUCC